AAUCAAAUUUACAUACAUACAUACAUUGUAGUGCUAAUGCAUACAUUAAUGCAAAAUGCAAGAUUAUUUGCAUUGAUAACAACACAAACCGUUGCACCACAUUAGUCCAACGCUACUGACGCGCAGCGUGUAAAAUAUUGUUGAUUAGUUUUUCAUAGGCCGUCUAACGUGUAACUCCGAAAGCGAUACAAAAAAAAAGCCUAAAAACAUAUCCGCUAAACUAUUGAAUUUUAGAGCAUUAUGCCAGUGCUGAAGUGGGGUGUCGCCGCAGCUAGUCGCAUAACGCACGACUUCGUCAACGCCUUGUCCACCAUCGAGGACAGCCAGCAUACGGUAGUAGCUGUGGCUGAUGUGGAAAUGGCACGUGCGCGUGAUUUCGCCGAACGUCACGAAAUACCAAAGUGCUAUGACGGUUUUGACGCUUUGUCACUGGAUGCGGACGUUGAUGUGGUCUUUGUAGGCACAUUGAAUGCCUAUCGCUAUCGUGUGGUGCGUCUAAUGUUGGAACGCGCCAAGCAUGUGUUGUGUGAGAAACCGUUAUGUUUGAGUGUGCCACAAGCCGAAGAGCUCUAUCGUGUGGCAAAGGAACGCAAUGUGUUCCUGAUGGAAGGCAUGUGGUCGCGCUGCUUUCCCAGUUAUGCACGCCUCCAUGAACUGUUGCAGUCCGAUUGUAUUGGCGAGUUAACACACAUACAAGUGCAGCAUGGCUGUCAAGCGUAUGUGGAGCGCUCACUCGGCGAUUCCAUCACCCUGGACCUUGGUUUGUAUGCGCUGCAAUUGGGACAACUCAUCUACAGUUGUGCGCCGGUGAUUGUUAAGUGUAAUGCUCAGCUAAAUCAUGUUGGUGUCGAUGUGGAAUGUGAAUUCAUUUUGGAUUAUGGUCAAAAUCGCAAAUUGACUGCAUUCAUUUCGGGUUUGGAGAACUUGGAAAACUGCGCCAAAUUAUUGGGCACCAAGGGUGAAAUCAAGCUCAAUAACUACUGGUGCUGUACAGCUUUAACGAAACCCAAUAAUGCUAAUGAAACUUGGCCAUUGCCCAGCACAAAAUAUGAAUUCAACUACACAAACGCUUGUGGCCUGCGCUAUGAGGCCGAGGAAGUGCGCAGAUGCAUAGAGAAACGUCUACUCGAAUGCCCAUUAUUUACGCAUGCGCAAAGCCUCGAGUUGCUACAAAUCACCGAGAAGAUGCGCAGACAAAUUGGCGUCAACUAUGAUGAUAUUGUUUGUUUGUGUUUGUAAGUGAAAGUUAUUUGAAAUUUUUUUUCGAAAUUUUUUUUGGCCACAAAUCUUUCAGUCAAUUGAUUUUCGCUUUGUGUUAAGCUUUUUUGGCAAUUUCAUGAUUUUAAAUACAUAAGUAGAUGUUGUUGUUGUUGCAAAUGCCUACACACUGAUUAGCUAGUUAAA